AUGUCAAAUACUAACGAAAUGGAGAUAACAGAAUUAUUUGGUACUUUUCAUACAAAUGUUAUAAUAGGAAAACCUUUUGGACACUCUUACGAAAUAUAUGAUAAAGAUAAAGUAAAGAUUAUUAAGAAUGUUUCUUUUAUUGAAGUUGAUGAAACUGAAGCAAAUAAUCAAGAAAUAUUUGAUGAUCCGUCAAAACAAAAAUUAUCGUAUAAAGAAAUUGAACAAUUAAAACAACAAGCAACUGAAGGAAGUGAUGUAAUUAAAAAUAUUGUUGAAAGUCAUAUAUCAUUUGAUAAAAAGACAGAAUAUUCUAAAGCAAAAUACAUAAAACGUAAAGAGGCAAAAUUUUCAAGAAUUUUUACGCCAGUAAGACCAACUUUAUAUUCUGUGUGGGAAUAUUUUUAUUCUAAAAAUCCAACAAAAAUAAGAGAAUUAAGAAUAGACACGCUUUCACAAAUGUUAAAAUGGGCAAAUGUACACUCAAAUACUAGAAUGCUUGUAGUUGACGAUACUCAAGGACUUGUUAUAACCGGUAUUAUGGAAAGAUUAGGAGGUUAUGGAAUUGUAUUGGGAAUUCAUGAUAAUGAAUAUCAUAAUUAUGAUAUUAUAAGAUACAUGAAUUUUUCAAAGAAAAUCAAUGACUCCUUGUUGACUUUAUCAUGGCAACAAGUUUUUAAAGAAGAGCAACAAGAUUUGUCUACACUGUCAGGAAAUAAUCUCAAAUAUUAUUUACGUAGAAAAGAGAAUUAUGAAAGAAUAAAGAGUACCAGGGAAAUUUUAUGGAAAGGUGGAUUUGAUGGACUGAUGAUUGCAAGUCAAUAUCAACCUGAAUCUAUUUUGGAUGCUUUAACUCCAUAUUUGUCGGGAUCAAGACCAAUAGUGAUUUAUCACCUUAAUAAAGAAAUGUUAAUUAACACCUGUGUACGUAUGAGGAUCUCUAAAAAUUAUCUUAAUCCACAAAUUACUGAAAGCUGGUUAAGACAAUAUCAGGUGCUACCUGGGAGAACACAUCCAUUUAUGUCAACUAGUGGUGGUGGUGGAUAUUUAUUAACUGCAACAUGUGUAAUAAUAGAUGAAGGCAGCUCUCCUUCAGUAUCAAAGAAUUCUUCUAAUUCUAAAACUAAUCAAUCAAAUAAUAAUAAUAAUAUCAAUAAUAUCAUUGGAGAAGAAGACUCAGUAAAGCAUGGAAAAAAACCUAAAAUAGAAUAA